AUGAUGUCAAUAUUUUUAAAUUUAAUGUACCUCUUGGCAACCAUCCUGGCUAUUUUCUCGGUUGUGUUACUCUUUGCUGCCUCGAUUUGUGUGCUUCUUUUGUGGAAUCGACAUCGGCAUUACAACCACAUUCCAGGACCUAAACGGACAAGUUUCUUCUAUGGCAAUGCUUCAGAGCUUACAGAUAACAAGGGGCGACUGGUUUGUGAAAUACUGCUUGACCAUGCUCUCACGUAUGGGCCAGUGUUUGUUUGGUGGUACUUUUUUUCACCACUUGUGGUAAUAUCCAGUCCUGAAUUCAUAAAACAUGGCAUUGUGACCUUGAAUCUUCCAAAGGCACCUUCAGUGUACAUUAGUAUAGCAUAUUUGUUUGGGAGGUAUAGAUUUACAGGUUCUGGUUUAUUUACUCAACUUGACCACGAUAAAUGGAGACACCAAAAACGUUUGUUAAGCCCAGCAUUUCAUCGGGGCUACUUGAAAGGUCUGGUUCCCCAAUUUAACUCUGUAGCCAGUUGCUUGGUUACCAAAUUAAUGGACAUUGCUGAUGGAAAGACUGUUGUUGACAUGGCUGAUGAAUUUCAAAAAGCUACUUUAGAUGUCAUUGGAAAAGUGAGUAAAAGACUUAGAUUUGAAUUGAUAUAAAAUGAGUCAUAUUUUGAACUGCUGUGCGGAUAAAGACUUGAAAGUGAGCAGGAUCUUCACAGACUUCACAGUAGAAAGAAAAACCUAUAAGCGGUUACGCAUAGGUCAGGGUUUCAUUCCCGGACAAGCCUGAAUUUUUUCAGGUUCUUUUUCAACCGCUUAAGUUGUUCAUUCGACUGUAAAGAUCAUGUUAACUUUCAAACAGAUUUGUCAGGUAAUGAUAUUUGCGGGUAUAAGGGGUCAAAUUAACAAAUUAAGUGACUGAAGCAAAUUUUGCUUGACAGCGUAAUAGGGGCCAUAUUGCACCUGAUAUACAGCUUUGAAAGAAGACUUACUAGUAAUUGUGCAUUGCUGGGGAGUGGUGUCAAACGAAUUCCGCUUUGUAAUGGCGCUGACCAAAUUCAUUACUUAGGUAAUUACGUAACGGUACUUCAGCCUGGGAACCAAAACUGAUUCUUAUUUCAUUCCAAACUCAAGAGCAGAACUCCAGUUUCCAUCUAAUUCUUUGAACCCUAUCAGUCAGUUUCCAAUUUCUGAAAAACAGUAGUAAGAAAUGACACACUUUUUCAGAACCACAAUUCUCUCUUUGGAUAAAUAAAAUGGUUCUCUUCGGGACUCGAAAUUUACACUCACAAAAGAAAACAUCGUGGAGGAAAUUUGUUAAAAACCUACCGCGCAGAAACAAACACGCCGCUUGACAGAAGUUUAAUAAACUUUCAGUUAUUUCGGGACUUUGAUUACUGGCCGCUUGGAGGUUCAACUAUAAUCCUACAAAGAAGGGUAACCCUAAAACGUGGAAUAGUGGAAGAUCGGAAUGAAUAGGGUUAUGAAUCUUUGGCACCUGAUAAGCUAUCUAAGCUAAAAUGGUAGAUCAAAGAUUCGCCCCGUGUAAGGGAAUCCGGAUUCCGGAAUCUGUGAGAUUUUUGCUUGUAGAAUCCAGAAUCCGAGAAACUUUUGCUUGUGGAAUCCGGAAUCCUGGUCUUUGGAAUCCGGAAUGCAGCUCAAAGAAUCCAGAAUCCCACUAACGACUGGAAUCCAGAAUCCAAGUUCUAGUGACAAAUACUGGAAUCCGGAAUCCACGGUGUGAAAUCCAGAAUCCAAGACUGUCUUGGAUUCCCUUACAUGGGGCGAAAAGAUGACGAGGAAUGUAAAGCGAUUAAGAAUGUUGAAAGUCAAACUCCACACCAUUCUCAAAAUAAUUAAAGCCAAUUUUUUUAAAUACCAGGAAACCAAUGAAUUUCUAAGAUUCUUCACAUAAAGUCUCUUGUGUGGAGAUUCUUAUACUGUACAAUGAGGGUUCUAGAGACUAAACAUAGAAAAAUCUUAUGGCAAACUCUCAUGAAACUCUUGCCGGUUGACCGAUUCCUUCCUUAAGCAAAGGCCAAGAAACUAGGUUACUAGCUUGCUGAACUAAGCGGGUAAAAGGAAGUUAAUACUCAUAGUACACGUUCAAAUAUACAAGAGGGCCAUUUUUCCAUUUCAGCCAUAUUCAAAAAUGAAUGCUAAUUUUGAGAAUUACACUAAAUCAUAAAUAAUCUGUGCAUUUGACUAGUUCAGAAGUCAACAACUGUUUUGUAUCUAAAGUUUCAACUGCAGUGUCAACUCGAACUUUACAAUUAAGUUAUGUUCAACAAGCGUUUAAACUUUUUUUUUUCUUGAUUUAAUUUGUAGGUUGCAUUUAAUUUGGAACUCAAGUGCUUAGAAGAUAACAGUAGCGUUCCAAAUUGUCUUUAUAAGUGCCUGGAAGGUUACGAAGAAAGUUACUUAGAUCCAUUUCUAUCCCUUCCAUUUUAUAAACAUUCAUAUCAAAAGAACGUCCAAAAGUCACUAUCUUUUUUAAGAAAUCUUGCUAGAGAAAGUAUAGAACGACGCAAAGAAGCCAUGGAGAGUUGUCAGCCACAUGCUAAUGAUAUUAUGGGGAUGAUUUUACAAGCAAGUCAGUUGGACCGUGAUGUUAGCAUGGAGGAUCUUGUGGAUGAAUUUAUUACUUUUUUUGUAGCAGGUAAAUAUACUACGAAAUCUGAUUGGGAAUUAAUGGUUCCCGCAGUAAACUCCCUCCCUCAAAGAUGAAGAUUCUUGUGGGGGGUGGGGGGGGGGUCCUUACAAAUAAAUAAAUUAAUAAAUAAAUAAACACCAACAAAUAUGCAACCAUGAAUGCAUAUAUGAAUUCUUAACGAAUGCAUUCAAAAUAAAUGCAGCCAAGGAAGAGAGUAAAUUGUAAAUAUCUUAUUAUCCACUCCCCUCAGGGCUUUUCAAGGAUAAUUUACAACACUGGUUGGGGGACUUUGCCAGACUGUUUAAGGUGCAGUUUACAAUUAAGUAAUGAAGGAAUGAGCAAUGAUGCCCCCAUACAUUAGUGUGAAAGUGAGAUAGACCACGACACCGCACCGGGCACUACGUGCCCUACUCUUUACAAAGAGUGUGUGCGUUCUUUUAGGUCCCACAGAUUUAAUACAUGUGCAAAGGCUUGUGAGACGGGGCCUAAGGUUUAUCGUCCUUAUCCGAGAAGACUAGAAAGUCUAACCGUUUGCAGAUGUUAUUACAAAGGCAGCACUUUCUCCUCAGUUAUUGAAAGACCCUGAGUGUUGGUCCGGCCGGGGUUUGAACCCGCGACCCCCCGCUCAGCAGACCGGCGCUCUCCCAACUGAGCUAUCCGGGCGGCGGUAUGAUUAGAAACGUGCACGAGUUGAGUCAUUCUCGCCUGACUGCCCCUGGGUCUCCUAGGAUGGAGUUGAGUGCAUGAGUUUGUAUUUGAGAAGACGUUCGGGUUAUUGUAGGCUUUCUCAAAGACCUUUAGUUUUUCGGUUUCUGCUGGUUAGGUGUCUCGCAUUCGCUCGCGCAGUCGACUUGUGGCAAGACUAGGGGUAUUGUUCAAUAACUUGAGAAAAAACAUGUAAAUUAAGUGUUAAUAUGGUUUGAAUAUUUUAUUAUUUACAGGUCAGGACACAACAGCCAAUCAACUCAGCUUUGCGUUGCUAGAAAUCCUUUUAAAUGGAAGAAUUGAAAACAGGUACUCAUCAAGUCACAUUGUUGUUUUAAGAAUGGAUUUCACUAGCGACGGAGUCGGAGUCAUAAGUGGAGUCGUAAGAGCGCUUAUGACCUAGUGAAAAUAAAAAAUCGGAGUCGUAAGUGGAUUCAUAAGCGCGACUGAAUGGGAGUCAGAAGAAUCAGAACGUUUUCUUUUUCGUCAGACUCCGCUUAGGACUCCGUCGCUUACGUUUCGCUUAUUAUCUAAUGAAAGUCGGAAGCAGAAGCGGAGGGAUAAACCAAUCACAAAGCACGUUUCUUCGCUUUGUGAUUAAUAAUAAUAAUAAUAACUUUAUUUGUAUAGCGGUAUAUACAAAAGCUCUAUAUCGCUUUAGAAUCAAAAAAGAAAAUAACUAACAAUAGCACCAAAACAAAAAGUCAACUGAAAGCGAGUCUAAAAAGAUAAGUUUUCAAUCUAGAUUUAAAAACAUCAACUGAUCCACUUAAUUUAAUGUCUAAGGGAAUAUCAUUCCAGUGCUUUGGGGCAGCGACCGAAAAGGCCCUGUCUCCAUAGCUCUUCAGGCGCACACUCGGUACUUCUAAUAAAUGUUUGCUAGCUGACCUAAGAUUUCUUGUAGGGUUAUAUAAGACUAUAAGUUGACUUAAAUACGGAGGCGCCAGGUUAUUGAGAGCUUUAAAAGUUAACAGUAAUACUUUAAAGGUAAUACGCUGCUCCACAGGUAACCAGUGUAGCUCCUUAAGCUUCUGCUUGCAAAUUCGACGACCCAGUUUUAUAUUUCAGUUGAUCUUAAACGAUGGAGUCGUAAGCGGAAUCAGAAGAAUCAGAACGCUGUUUUCACUAGACCUUAAAGUUCUACGCUUCUGAUUACGACUCCGACUUCGACUCCGAGUUACAGUCUACUGUUUUUCACAUCUUUUUAUACAUUUUCUACAAAAUUCUGUGAACUUAAGAGUUUAAUGGGUAAUUUCAGGAACUAAUCAGAGACAGAGCCCGCAAGAAGUCAGAAAUCAAACCCUUCCAAUAUACUAUGAGAGUCUGAAUGGAGGUUCCUCGAUAACACUAAACAUUUCAUUUUUUGGCUUUGUAACAUGAAACAGUUAAAUUUUAGGCAUUUUAACACUAACAGUAGAAAAUUUUUUGAAACAUUAAAUUUUUUCCAGAAAGAAGCAAAAACGGCUCCAAAAAGGCUAAUAUUAUUUUGUUUAGUUUUCGGCCAUUUUACGACAAUUCCGGGUUAUUUCAGAAGAUUUCCGAAGGCUACCGACGAUUCCCGAAGACUGUCGAAGAUUUCCGAAGACUAAUGAAGAGGUCCGACCAUUGCCGAAGAUGUCCGAAGACCCCUCCAAACAUUUAACAGUAUUUUCUUCGGAAACUGUAAACAUUAAGAAAUUGGCCAAUUUUAAACAGCAAACACUAAAAAUUUGGGGCAAAUAACACUAAACACUAAACCCAUUCAAACCGUCUACUGUGACUCGAUCUGCCUUCAUUAACUACUCGGAUUUUGAUUGGUUCUGAAUAACAUGAAACCUGUCCGAAAGUUGUGAGUGCCGGAUUCGCAUCUUACGACUACAGGGUGUCCCAAAAGUUAGUUCUUCUACUUUAUAAGUCUCAGCUGAAGUUUGCAAUACAGUAUGACUGGACUUGAUAAGUAAAUCGUGUUAACAAAAAUUGUAUUUAAAUCUAAUUAAAUAUUUCAUACUUGUUCUGCCAUCUUUUGACUCGAAUUAUUCGAUUUGUGUAUUUUCGCGCCAAAGUUGUGCGCGUGCGUGUAUAUUUUCCCGCCACCUGUUUUGCAUUUUUAGCCCGAAUUUAUCGAACUCUUUUUCUUGUUUUUUUUUUUUGUAAUUAGCCCAUCCUCUUUUUUUUUUCUCCGUUUACCGUCGUGCGACCGACCCAACUUUUUGCCAUUUUCAAAAAAAGAAGAAAUGACGACGUAGUUAAACCAUUUUUCAGUUGAAAAAAUUGUUUAAACUGAAAAAUGAGUAUUUGUAGUAACAGCAUAGAGAAAAACAGAAACAAAAACAGGAAAAUUUUUUACAGUAUAUUGUGUAUUUUGGUAAUCCAAAAAUGUGAAUGUUAACUUUUAACGUCGUCCUAGGGUACCAGGGCCUCCUAUUCCUAGACUUCUUGUGAUUUCUUUUAGUUUUUUUUUUUUCAAUCCGACCGACCGACCCAAUAUCAGGAAACGCAUUCGACGCUAAACGAAAAAAAAGGAGAUGGCCUUAAAAUGAAAGAUAAACCCUCUCAACACAAAAACGCUCCGCUAGCUGACAGCAUAAGCACGCAUACGUCGAUCUAUUGGCUUGUCAAAAAUUGCCAAAAAACUUGAAAAUUCGAGUGAUGGUUGUAAGAUGGUAAUAGAGAAAUGAAGGUUUUGAAGAUAAGAAAAGAAGAGGAUGAUCGCCGGAGAGUCCUGAGUGAAGCGUCUAAAAUGGUUUUAAAGAAGGCAAGGCCGGUACCGAAAAGAGAAAAUUCGACGAGAUAGCUUUCAUAACUUUUAGCUAACUUAGUCUGGAGCAGGUUCAUCAAAUGCGAAGGCUGGAGGCCUCUGAUAUAGCGAAAAAACCUCUUUUCAGUCCGCCAAACAACGUUCAGCUCGUCUCAAAUUUGUAACGAAGUACACAAGCAUUUCUGUGGAAAAAGACCGGGAUGAUUAUAUUUUUGAUUAUAUUGUUUGAGGUUCGAAGUGACCCCUGCAUACCAAGCUCAAAAUGGAUAAUCUGGCGCUUUACACGCUACAUGAUUUAUUCCAGCCUUUGCCGCAACGGCUACAGAAAGUGAUUUAAAACAAAAACAAAAAAAAACAAAUAAAAGGGACAUGCUAGACUGAGAUGCUGAACGCGUGUAUUUAAUAGAGGAAUUAAUAUCUGUUAGAAAUUGAAUGUAAAAAUAAAGUUUCGAUCAAAAGUUAUAGCGCAUGAAAUGAGAGGGAAAAACUUUUGGGACAUAGUUAUUUAACAAUUAUUCCUCGAGCCCGAAAGGGGUCUGAGUCAAUAGCCCAAGAGGCCGAAGGCCCAAUGGGCUGUCAACUCAGAGGCCAUGAGGGCGAGAGGAAUAAUUGUUUUAGUAAAAUCCAACUAGUUGGUCAAAAAUAUCGAGAAUAAAGAAAUUUUAGCUAGUUAAAGCUAGACUUUAAUCCUUUUUUGCCGCCAAAAAGCCCGCGCUUUUCGCUACUAGUGGGCUAUAACAUAUAGCCUAGUAGUAGCUCAACCAAUCAGAACGCAGCAAUGAUAAUAGACCACUAGCUGGAUUUUACUAAUAGAAGUUAUCCUCUGUCCGUCAUAAUGAACUAAAUCAGUCGAAACCGGCAUCCAUCCUUCUAAAAUGCUAACUACUUCAACGGAAACGAGACCAUCCCCCUCAAUUACAGGCCAAUAUCUCUUCUUUGUUUUCUAUAACCAUCUGAACAGAUAUUUGGAUAAGCAAGGCGUAUUAUAUCACAGUAUGGCUUUCAUGAUAAGCACUCCACUCCACUCACUACAGAUCUACUAAAGUUAUUCGAUAUGGUCGGUUCACCGCCCGGUCAGUUCAGCUGGAUUAGCGCUGAUCUGCCGAGCGAGAGGCCUCGGGUUGAAACCCCCGCCGGACCAACAUUUAGGGCCCUUAAGUACUGAGGAGAAUUUAUUGCCUUCGUAAUGUAAUUUGCAACCGGUUAGACUUUCGUAAAGAGUAUGAGAUGUAGUUCCCGGUGUUGUGGUUUCUCUCAAAUCAGGGGGCAUUCAUGAAUUAAAACAACCAGUGUUCUAAAUUAUCCUUGAAAAGCCUCGAGGGGAAUGGAUAAUGUGAUAUUUACAAUUUACAAUCACUCUAUAUUAUAAGAAGAAUUGAGGCACCACGGUUUUAGCGGCGCUGUAAAUCAGUGGUUUUUAUUGUAUCUGCGGGCCAUACCCAGACAACUCAUGUUGGGAUGGCAAAUUAGAAAAGUCGGUAACAGUACCGGCGAUUUCCUCAGGGGUCGGUGCAAGGACCAUUCCUUUAGUUACCCGUUUAUGUGAAUGAUAGCCAAAAUUGUUGUGUUAAACUGAGCUUGAUACCAACCUCUUUGUAAUAAUUGCCAACCGAAAUGGCUUGAUAUCUAUCGUGAAUUGUGGAUUUCUAAUCGUAUAUACGUGGUUAAUUGCAAAUAAUUUCGUCGAAAAAUGUAACUUUAGUAUUUUUUACCCUUACCAAAAAAAGGCCUAACUACAAAGUAAAUCUAAAACCUGUCGACAAUUUAUUCUUCUUAUAAAUUCAUUCCGCUGGAACGCAAAACUAUGUAGCAUACCUGGCGGUACCCAUUGACAACAACUUGACGUGGAAAAAACAAAUAAUUAAAAAAGUUGUCACAACGUCAUACAACUUUCCUUUCCCCCUGUUUGUCAUAUGGUAUAGUUUCCACGGGCUAAGUGACUAAGACUGAUAAGACUCACAUUAAAUAAAUAUUUUUGUUGCAAAAGCGUGCCCUUCGUUUGAGUAAGUAGCUUAUGCAAUCCCAUGUUUUUGUCCUAUAAUAUUCUAAUAAUAAUAAUAAUAAUACUGUAAUUAUCGUCUCCCCUUUAGACGUGAAAAUCACCCCACGCGAGAAAGGCGAGACGCGUCUCACCUUUCUCGCGUGGGGUGAUUUUCACGCGCGCUCGCGUUUCGCUCGCUCUUCUAUCCCUGAGGAAAAAUGGGGACUACUCGUAGUCCAUCUCCCCUUGUGGGGCAAAACAAAUCAUUCAAAUGAAGCAUAACAUGGUUAAAGAUCUCAACCUUGGUAGGAGGCAAACCAGUUGGCUAUUUACAAGAGUGGCCGAGGAUUUGAACUAAGGACAGCUGCCAAGAACAAAUCCAUCUAGCGGUCAGAGCGGGACUUGAACUCGGGGCCUCCGAAUUAUAAGUCCAGGAAAGUCCACCGCUUUAAGCCGUCGACCACGCCACCACGCCACCUCUUAAUUCGCUUUAUUUCAAAUCAGUUUUUCUUCUCAUGCACGAUGUCACUGAUGUCCCCUUUCCUUUCAGAAACAGACUGACGGAAUUCCAAAGAGACUUGAUGGCUAAAUUAAUAGAAUGUCAGCACAAACCUAACUGGAAUUAACUGUGUAAUUAUAUUUGCUGAGGCUACAGUGACUGUUUAAAAAUAAUGUAAUAAUUGAUCAUUUUUGUGAUUCACAUUUUUAGAAUUUUUCAAGAAGUUGACCAUGUUCUUGGAAACAAAGACACUGUUGAAUAUGAUGACAUUUCAAAACUACAGUAUGUUAGGCAAACACUCAAGGAGAGUCUUCGAAAGCACCCACCAGCCGGUGCAACCUUGCGCACAACGACAAAACCAGAGAAAUUUGGCUCAUUUCAGAUUCCCAAAGGUGCAAUUAUUGAUUUCUCCAUCUAUAUUGCACAUCACUUACCAGAAAACUGGUGCGAUCCUGAAUGCUUUAAUCCUGACAGGUUUUUGGGCAAAAAUAACAGUGAAAACAAGAUCUCCAACUUUGUAUACUUUCCUUUUUCCUGUGGACCAAGAACGUGUAUUGGAAAGGAUUUCUCAAGCAUCAGCGCUUCCAUUAUGAUGGCACAACUCUUUGGGAAAUUUAAGUUUGAGCUGGUAGCUGGGCAAACCCUGCAGCGCGAGGAGAAACUAACAAUGCGUCCUAAAGGUGGAGUCCUUUGUACUAUCAAAAAAAGAUCUACAAGAGCUUGUCAACGAUAAAGUUCCUCCUGCGUCGCAGGAUGCAAGGAAGAAGGGAAGGGAAAGCCUGCAGCUACACUAUUGUUUCAUCCUCUAUUGCGUUCAGUUUCCGAGCGUAAUUAAAAAGACGAUUGACUAGAAAUUAAUUAUGUUAAUCAUGGACAUACUACCUCGACUGGAUUGUUAGAAAUCAUUAGCACCCUGAUUUGAAUACUGGCUCUUCUCGAAUUUAUCGCGUCCUUAAAGAAUGUGCUGUUUGCUCUUAAUAAUAACGUUAUAGUAGGCUACGUUGGAUAUACAGUCGAACCUCCCGUAAGCGACCACCCAAAAUGUAAAGACUGAGUGGUCGCUUACGGGAGGUGGUCGUUUACAAGAAUCGAGGGUCUCUUCCGAGAAGAGGUCCAGGCAGGUCUACUUUUAUAGAGGAUAAUUU